GGUGUAAAAUACACAAAAAGCUAACUCAUAUCAUCACAUACAGACACAGACAGCCUCCACUACACCCACCGCCACUCUUUCAUAUUAUUGUCUAGAAAUCUCCGUUCUGCCCAUUUCAGUUCUCUCUCUCUCUCUCUCUCUCUCUCUCUCUGCCUCCUUUCUUGAUCUCAAGCUCUACCCUCUUGAGUACUGUUCAUUUACCGUCUUUUUGGCCAUAAUCUUUGCAUAAUCAUGGCUGGCUUAGUGUAUUUGGUGCUUUUAUUUGCACUUACUGGCCAUUCAAAUGCUGCAUCUUACUGCUUAUGCAAGGAUGGAUUAAGUGAUGCAGCACUGCAAAAAUCCCUGGAUUAUGCUUGUGGAGCUGGAGCUGACUGUACUCAAAUCCUUCAAAAUGGUGCUUGUUACCAACCCAACACUGUAAAAGAUCACUGCAGCUAUGCUGUUAACAGUUAUUACCAGAAGAAGGGUCAAACUGCUGGGAGCUGUGAUUUUUCAGGAACUGCUACAGUUAGUGCUAAUCCACCUUCAAGUGUAGCUUCUGGGUGCGUUUAUCCUGCAUCUGCAAGCAAUACUGGGACAGGCACUACUACCCCUACCACAGGCACAGGCACAGGCACAGGCACUGGGACUGGUACUGGGACUGGCGUAGGCACAGGCGUGGGAACGGGAACGAGCACUGGUACCGGCACAGGCAUAACUACACCCACAACAGGAGUGACUCCAACUCCGUUUACUGGUUUGGGACCAACAGGAAGUGGUAGCAUUGACAAUAGUGGUGUGGCUCCCAUUGAAGCCACUAACAUGUUCUUGGCUUCUCUGAGCAUCUGGUUUUCAGGUCUAUAUUUGUUCUUUUGGGGUUGAAAGGUGAAAAGAUAGCAAGUGGGGUUUGAUGUGUGGAUGAGAUUUUGCCAUGGCAGUGGUGGUGGACAUGCAACUUUACACUGGUACAUUAGGAGGUGAUCAUCUAGAGGCAAACCCCACUAGGGCUUUUUUGGUUUCUUUCUUCUAAUGAUAAAAAAAGCUGGGAAUUGGAUUCCCUAUUUGAGUGGGUGGUAUGACUUCUGUUGGGCUAGAACCUGAUCUCUCUCUUUCUAUUUUUUCUCCUCCUUUCCUUUGUAUAUCUAGAGAAAGAGAGAGGUAGUAGUAAAUUUUUUUUUAAUCUUAAUGAAAAUUUGGUGCCUAUCUGCUA